AAUAUUCACAUCGAAUUCAAACCUUUAAAGAUUCAAAAAAGAUGAACCCAAGAAAAUCUAGAGUUGGUAAAAUGAGUCCAAAAAGAAUCAACUAACGUGCCAUUUUGGCUACCUAAGAGGCAGCCUUAAAGCAACAAAUGAGCAGCAAUUAGAAGGCAAGAAACAAACCCCAAACCUCGUUGUCUCAAAACGUGGCCAAAAAAAUAUUGCAAAUUGUGCUUCAAUCCUCGGACACAAAAUCACCCAACUCACACAAUGUCCAAAUCUUGAUCAUGAUGAAGUCAUUAGGUCACCAAGUAACCACCAAAAUCUAUAUAUAACCCUCCUCUCAACCCCCCCUCUCUCUCCCUCUCCUCAACAAAACCAAGCAAAAUGGGAUCUCCAACCUCACUCAUCCUCACACUAAACAUAGCAAUUAUUCUUGCACUUUCUUUGUGUGCAUCAUCCCAAACCAUCCAAGAGAAGUACUACCAAUGCAUCACCCUCAACUCCGAGCUCUCCAUCCCCUUCUCCACGGCCUUCUCCGCCCCCGACAACGCCUCGUUCGCCACCAUCCUCGAAUCCUCCGCGCAGAACCUCCGAUGCUUGGUCUCCUCCGUGCCCAAGCCGCAGCUCAUCUUCACCCCCUACACGGAGAACCACGUCCAGGUCGCGGUCACCUGCGCCAAGGACCUCGGCCUCCAGCUCCGCGUCCGGAGCGGGGGCCACGACUACGAGGGCCUCUCCUACAUCUCCACGGUGCCGGACGAGCCCUUCGUCGUCCUCGACCUCUCCAAGCUCCGCUCCAUCACCGUCGACCUCAAGAACAACUGCGCGUGGGCCCAGGCCGGCGCCACCGUGGGGGAGCUCUACUACAGGAUCUCCCAGAAGAGCAAGACCCACGGUUUCGCCGCCGGCCUCUGCCCUAGCCUCGGCAUCGGCGGCCACAUCACCGGCGGCGCCUACGGCACCAUGAUGCGGAAGCACGGCCUCGGCGCCGACAACGUCAUCGACGCGAGAAUCGUCGACGCCAACGGCGUGAUCCUCGACCGGGAAUCCAUGGGCGAGGACCUCUUCUGGGCCCUCCGAGGCGGGGGUGGCGCCAGCUACGGCGUCAUCCUCGCCUGGAAGGUCAAGCUGGUCCCCGUUCCAGAGACCGUCACGGUCUUCACCGUGCCGAAAUCUCUGGAACAGGGCGCCACCAAGAUCCUCUCCAAAUGGCAGCAGGUCGCCGACACCAUCGACGACGAGCUCUUCAUCCGAGUCAUCAUACAGCCGACGGGCGCGAAGAAAGACGAGCGCACGAUGCUAACUCUUUACAACGCCGUCUACCUCGGCCGCGCCGACCGAUUACUUCAGGUGAUGCAACAGAGCUUCCCGGAAUUGGGACUGACCAAGAAAGACUGCACAGAGAUGAGCUGGAUCCAAUCCGUGCUCUACAUCGCCGGCUUUCCGGGCAACACGCCGCCGGAGAUUCUGCUGCAGGGGAAGUCCCUCUUCAAGAACUACUUCAAAGCGAAGUCAGACUUCGUGAGGAAGCCAAUCCCCGAAGACGGGAUCGAAGGGCUGUGGAAGAAGAUGCUGGAAGAGGAUUCCCCUUUGAUGAUCUUCAACCCCUUCGGCGGCAUGAUGGGCCGGAUUCCGGAAUCCGAGAUUCCGUUCCCACACAGGAAGGGCGUGAUAUUCAUGAUCCAGUAUCUGAGCCUCUGGAACGACGAGAAGCCGGAGACGGCGGCCAAGCACGUCGACUGGAUCCGGCGGCUCUACAACUACAUGGCGGCGUACGCCUCCAUGUUCCCCAGGGAGGCGUACGUCAACUACCGAGACCUCGAUCUCGGGGCGAACAAGAAUGGUUCCAGUUUCAUUCAGGCGAGCUCGUGGGGUACGAGGUAUUUCAAGGACAACUUCAACAGGCUUGUGGAGGUGAAGACCAAGGUUGAUCCUGGUAAUUUCUUCAGACAUGAACAGAGCAUUCCCACUCUGCCAUUGAUGAACCAUGGUGGGGAGAAGAGCAUGAUGCAUUGAAAUAAUUUGUUUGCUAGUAUUGUAAGAGUUUGACAAGAGAUAUGCUUAUGUUAUUUUUAGUGGUAUGUUUGAGAAUUUCACUAUGCUUAAUCUAAACUUUUUUUAAUCUA